UGUUAUUUCCGGUAAUCACGCCUCCGUUACGGUAGAGUAGAAACGCGCAUGCGCGCCGCCGGACAGGUAAAACCGGACACAUACCCGUGCCUCAAACCCGGAAGUGGCUGAGAUUUUCUCCUCAAAAUGAAGCAGGUGUUGUUCCUCAGUGUCUCCUGCGUCCUUCUGUGUGUCCGUGUGGCUGAGAGUGUUUCGGCUGUGAGUGUGAAGGACCUCUCUGAUCUGCCCUCUCUAGGGGUUAUCACUGUCAAGGAGGGCGUGAGUGUAGUGAUCAAGUGCAAUCUGAGUGAACUUCAUGAGAACAUUGAGUGGUAUGACUCUGAGGGGCAUGUCCUAAACAGAGAAGACUCAGGAAGGAAAGGGGUCACGGUGGAUAAAGACACGCUGAACAUCAGCAGCGUUUCCUUCGAGGAUCGUGGACGGUACACGUGUGUGUCCCUGAGGUCAGAGAGCAACUACACGGUGACCCUGAGAGUGAGCUACACCUACAGUGGACUGGGGCUUUACUACAUCAUCGUGUGCUUGGUUGCCUUCACCAUCACCAUCAUCCUCAACAUGACGCGUCUGUGCAUGAUCAACACACACCUGCGCAAAACCGAGCACGCCAUCAACGACUUCUUCCGCACCGAUGGAGCAGAGAAACUGCAGAAAGCUCUGGAAAUCGCCAAACGCAUCCCGAUCGUUACAUCCACUAAAACCCUGGAACUUGCUAAAGUCACACAGUUUAAAACUCUGGAACUGGCAAAGCAGAUGGAGGAGCUGGCGAGGAGCGUGCCUCUGCCUCCACUCAUCCUCACCUGCACCACAGCCGUGGAGGAGGCAGAAUGUGGAGGUCCAGCAGCUAUCCAGCAUGAGGAGGAGGAGGAGGAACAUGGCGAGCAAGAUGCCCUGAACGGAGAGAAGAAUGCACAAGAAGAGAGUGUGCGUGAAGUGUGAAGUGUGUGUGCUGUGGAAUUGAUUCAAACACGGUUCAUCUGGACGAAAGAACAGUUGAAUCUCUCAGGUGAUGAAGCCUCCUGCGGUCAGAGACACAGGUUUUAAAUAAAGAACUCUUUCUGAAAAGUUCAUUAUGUUUACAUUAUAUGGGUUUUUCACUAUUUCUCUGAAUUGUCUAUAAAUUCAGUUUGGGAUGUUACUUAAUGGUUGUGUGUGUGUUUAGUUCCAGCUCUCACCACAAGGUGGCACACUGCAACAGUCUCGAUGUUCAACAGCUGCAAACAAAUAUUAUUUUUGUAUUUUUACUUUAUAUAGCGGUGUAUGUAUAUCCAUCUAUACAUUUUCUGUACCUGUUAUCCUACACAGGGUCACUGGAGUCUGUCGGGGGGGACUGAGGGCACGUGGCAGGGGCAGGGUUUAAGGGUAGAAUCAAUUUGGCCUCACUGAUUGUGGGAGGAAACCCCUGAGACUCCAGAGUAUUCCAGCCCUGGAGAGGAGACACACUAAACACUACACUGCUGAGGUUUCUAUAAACACAUGGUCAUGGUUACAGUGAGGUGUGUGUGUGCAGUGUGUGGUCAGUGCGCUGUGUGUGCAGUGUCAGGAGAGUGGAGCAGGUGACCUUUGCUCAGAAGGCGUGGCAGCUCUUCUCUUAUCACACUGCUAUCAUCCAAAAUGUAAAGAAGUACAUUAUACUGACUAAUAAAUAAUUUAUAAUCUGAA